UUGCAUCGGCAUCGACUACUGUUGACGAGGUCAAAAAAGUCACUGGAUUUUUUAACCAGUCACUCCUCAGUUCUACUCCAAUCCAAUCGUCAGACUUGGCGGCCAUCUUGGUGACUUCAGUAAUAGAACCUCACCGCAAUUUACUUUUUCCCAAACUGACAGCUAUCAAAUUCAAGUACCUUCAAAAAGCGGUGGCAAAAAUCUACAGAGUAAAUGUUGAAAAAAAAAUAACAAAAAUAGGAAAAGUCAGUAGCUAUGAUGUUACGUUUUUUUCGCGUACGUUUCUCGAAGCGCAAUACAAACCAUACUCUGGUUUCCCGAGAGGGUAUUGCGCAAAACGUUUUCAGAGGGUCACGCACUGUCUGUUUGAUCUAGAUGGAACUAUUCUCAAUUCCGAGGUAACAUACCAUAAAAUGUUAAAAGACGUCUGUGCGAAAUAUGGAAAAAGGUAUACAAAGGAAUUAGAGAAACGGAACUAUGGCUCGACUGACAGUGAAAUAUGCCGCAAUGUGGUCAAAGAAUUACAACUUGGGAUAUCGCCUAAUCAGUUGGAAUGUGAGAUGAUCGAACUGUCAGAGAGGACGCUCCCAAAGGCACCUUUACAAGCAGGUGCGGAGCGCCUCCUGACCCACCUCCACGACACCGGGAUCCCGCUGGCGCUGGCCACCAACUCCUCGCGGCGGGCGGUGCGGCUGCACGCGGCUGCCAGACCCAAACUCUUCGGAAUGUUCCACCAUUGGGUAUGUGCUACGGAUCCCGGCGUGGACCGGGGCAAGCCCUUCCCCGACAUCUACCUGUACGCCGCCUCCCUGUUCCCGGACAAACCGAAACCCGCAAAGUGUCUGGUCUUCGAAGAUUCGACCGUCGGGUUAGAAGCAGCUUCCUCCGCCGGAAUGCAGGUCGUCAUGACACCACCUAGACAUCUUGCACCGGAGUUUUCUAAAAAAGCGACCCUCAUCAUCAAGACUCUCCUGGAAUUCAAACCUGAAAUAUUCGGACUACCCCCAUUUACUGGGAAACCAGAGUACCCUACGAAAAAGCAUCCAAAAAUGUACUAUUAGACAUUAACAAACUUUAAUUGAUAGUAGCGAAUCAAUCAAUUGAAUACAACGAAUCAAUUGAUUGAAUAUCACGUACCAAUCAUUUGACUCGCGGAACAAUCUAUUGAAUACAACGAAUCAAUUACUUGAAUUCAUUGAAGCAAUCAUAAUAAUAUACAAAAACACCAUGCAAUAGAUAUUUUCAUCUAUUUAAAAAUAUACCAAUCUAUCUUAUAUUGAAGAUAGAGAUUGGUAUUUAUUAAUUUAUAAUAUUCGGAUGUUGUUUUGCGAUCCAGUUUUAAGUUUGAUACAGAAUUAUAUUUGAAAUCUUUAUCAUAAUACUGCGCCUGGCCUUCCCGGCUGGGUGCAGGCUCUUAGACUACUUGUUUCCCAGCCGAAG